CCAAACCUUGCGAGCUCAUGUAAUCAAGAGGUAUUAUGUACCUAUACUUGGAUUAGUUCCUUGCAACUAGAGGCUUCUCUCAUACUCCUUGUGCCUAGUGCAAAGGAUCUCUUGAGGCUUACUAGCACAGGAAGGGUUUGACAGGUGUCGUGACAUUUGCCCUCAGCCACAACCUCCUCUCAGAGCCCCUCUAUUUAAACCCCUCCUUCCGGCCUAAUAAGAAUGGACAAGCAACCUUCACGACAGGCCUGCGACCGCUGCCACGACCUGAAGCUGCGAUGUCACCGCGCACCCAACGGAGGGGAUUGCAGUCGCUGUGUCAAGGCCGGGGCAACAUGUGUCUUCAGCCCAUCGAAUCGGGGGCGUCGACCCACCAGCCUUCACAAUAAGACAACACCCUCUGCAAGAACGGGGCAACUCAAACUAGCUCCACGCCUGCCCACCCCCAAUGUACCUAUGCCCAACUCUACCGUCGCCAACAUAGACCCAAGCCUAGUCGACGACCUACACCGAAACAUACUUGAUAUACAACCACCACCCCUACCAUAUGGAUAUCCAGAUACAUCCACUUUCCCACUGACCGACUUCCCUCUCUCCGAUACGCUCUCAACAUGGACACCUCCCCACGAACCAAGGUGUCCCACACUAUCUCCGUUGGGAGAAAACCAUGACCCCUUCCCCACGAGAUUCCACCACCCGCCCGACCCAAACCCCAGUCCAACCCAUACCCAAUCCCUAGUCCAAUUCACACGCGAUCUCCUAAACCUCGACUCAGACCUCAUCCACCACAUCCACGAAGACCCAGUCACGCACACCCCACCAACACCAACCCUAGGCUCCACCACCGCCUGCGCAAUCGACCACACCCUAUCCCUCACCCAACGCCUAAUCCGACUCCUCCACGACCACCCACCAGCCCUCGACCAAGUCUCCCUAAUGCACACCCUAUCAACCUACAUCCGCCUCCUCGAAGCCUACAACAUAACCUUCACCCACACGAUCCGCAAAUACGGCCGCCCAGCCGUGAAUAGCCAAGCGCGGAUCCCUCUCCCCCCGCUGCAAAUCGGCGGGUUCGCCGUCGAUGAUCCCGCCGCGCAGCUGGCGCUGGUCUUCCGGUCCGCGAUGCAGUUGCUGGAUCGGCUUAGGGAGCUGGUGAGGCAGGUUGCGGAUCCGUUUGUGAUAGAGGCGACUACUAGUAAUGGUAAUGCGGGCCCUGGUGGUGUGAUCGGGGCUAUGAUGGUGGCUGUUCGGGGGCAUGAAGGCCGGAUGUUGCUGAGGGCGGAGGAGUUGCGGGAGUCGUGUUGUGAGUUUCGGGGGUGAUGGGGGUGGGGGUUGUUCGUUCCCUUGCUAUGCGAUGCGAUAGAUAGAUUACUUAGACUGUUGGGGCUUUGUCUGUCCGGGAAAUUCUUGGCGUUGGUUAGUUUUGUUCGAUCUGUACCUGUAUAGAUUUUUGUCAGGAUUUGGAGGAGAUAUUGGUUUAGGGGGGAGGCUGCUAACGAGAUAGAAAGGGUCAUGGCCGAUUUGGAGGGUCGUUGGAUGGGUGGACUCGCCCUGUAUACUCGUGUCAGUAUCUGUAAGCUUGGUGAUAAAUAUUAUGGUAUAACAUGGGUCUUGCCGUAUCGGAUAUCGCAGUGACAGAAGGAGAAACGAAGGCA